AUGAACCCAAAUUCAGCACCUGGUCCAGAUGGUAUAGGUGGCAAAUUCUACCAAGCAUGCUGGAACAUCAUUAAAAAGGACUUGCUAGCUGCUGUACAGUACUUCUUUUGUGGUCACAAUAUGCCUAAGUUUAUGUCAUAUGCAUGCCUGGUUUUUCUUCCCAAAAAGGAACAUCCUAACAAUUUUUCUGACCUCAGGCCUAUUAGUCUCAGCAACUUCUCAAAUAAGAUCAUAUCCAAACUUCGCAUGAGACUGGCUGAUAUCAUCCCUCUUCUCAUCUCAGACAAUCAAUCAGGGUUUGUAAGAGGGAGGAGCAUCACAGAAAGUAUCAUGCUUGCACAAGAAAUCACUCAUGACAUUAAGAGGCCUAAAGAAGGAGACAAUGUAGUAAUCAAACUAGACAUGACCAAAGCUUAUGACAGAGUGUCUUGGUCCUUUACUUGCUUGGUACUAAGGAGAUUGGGUUUUGGGGAGUUCUUCAUUGACCUAGUGUGGAGAACCAUGAGUAACAAUUGGUACUCAAUCAUUAUUAAUGGCCACAGACAUGGUUUCUUCCACUCAACUAGAGGCCUCAAACAAGGUGAUCCUCUCUCUCCGGCCCUAUUUAUUUUAGGUGCGGAGGUUUUAUCAAGAAUGCUUAACAAUAUCCAGCAGAAUCCUAUGUAUAGAGGCUUUAACAUGGAGUCCAAAGGCCCCCAGAUUAAUCAUCUAAGUUUUGCAGAUGAUGUGAUUAUUUUUACUUCAACAGACAAAGACUCUAUGAGACUCAUCAUGGCCACCUUGGAGGAUUAUGAACACACUUCUGAUCAGCUUAUCAACAAAGAGAAGAGCCAUUUUAUGGUCCCAUCAAACACCUCCCAGGAUAUCAUCAACAACAUACAGGUAGGAUAUCAUCAUCAACAUACAGGAAGUCACAAGAUUUUCACAGAAGGACAGUCCAAUCACAUACGUUGGCUGUCCUCUAUAGAUUGGGCUAAUUCUUCUCUAUGGGGUCAAUUCCUCAAGUCCAAAUAUUACCAGAGAGCCAAUCCAGUCGCAAAGAAGGUGGACACUGGAGUAGGUGCUCUUGCUAAUUACACCACCAACAUUUCCAGCCUCAAUAAUGCCACUACUGCUCACUUUCUAGUCAAUGGAGAAUGGAAUGAAAGAAAGUUGCGACAACAGGUUCCACCACUACUCAUACCUCAUAUUUUGAGCACAAAUUUUCAAUACCAACAAGGAGAGAAAAACACUGCAGUCUGGAAGCCAAACGAUUCUGGAAUUUUUUCUUGUGCUUCAGCAUGGGAAAUUUGCAGACUUGAGAAGAAUAAUGCAGUGAUCAAUUCACAGAUUUGGCAUAAGCAUAUUCCCUUCAAGAUGUCCUUUCUCGUUUCGAGAGCACUUAGAUAUAAAAUACCAACUAACGAAGAGUUGGCAACCUUCGGAGUGGAGCCAGUGAGAUGUUUCUGUUGCAUGCAGAAAGGAUGGGAUGAAGUGGACCAUAUCUUCAAUGAAGGACCCUUUGCAACUCAUAUAUGGACAUUCUUUUUAAGUCCAAUGGGUGUUACUUUCCAACAGUCCUCAUUGAGUAAUCAUCUAUUGAGAUGGAAUGAUAUUCAAGGAAAGAAUGAAGCCCACAAAAUUCUCAUCAAAACUCUUCCCAUAGUGAUCUGCUGGAACCUGUGGAAGAAUAGAUGCUCAGCUAAAUACGGGGGAAAAAAAUUCAGCAACAGCAGGGUCAAAUACAUGAUCCUCAAAGAUACUCUCCACCUGCUCAAAACUAUUUUUCCUUAUAUUUAUUGGCCUGCACAGUGGACAAAAGUAGUGGACCUGAUCGAGAGCUGCAAACAUGAUGUUAAAGUUACUUCAGUGAUUUGGAAAACACCCUCUCCUAGCAGAUACAAGCUUAACACAGAUGGUAGUGCUUUGCACAAUCCUGGGAAGAUAGGAGGGGGAGGCAUUCUACGAGAUGAACAAGGAGAGAUCAUUUAUGCAUUUGCUUUACCUCUCGGUGAAGGGACCAAUAAUCAGGCAGAAAUUCAAGCUGCCAGUUAUGGUCUAAACUGGUGCAUUCAGCAUGGAUACAACAAUAUUAUUCUUGAGGUAGAUUCUGAGCUUUUAACUAGGUGGAUAUUGCAAACCUCUACUUCCCCUUGGAGGAUUCAAAAGUUUGUACAGGAGUUCCAAAACAUUGUUAGCCAAUGUGAAUUCUUUCAAUGUGAUCAUAUAUACAGAGAGGCCAACAGUACUGCUGAUUUCCUGUCCAAGCAGAGUCACAAAAAGACAUCAUCCAACAUUACUACACUUACAAUCAAUUGCCACACGCAGUACGAGGUAGCUAUAUUCUCGAGAAAAUGGGAGUUCAAAGUUUCAGAAGGAAUAGGUUAA